CUUGCAGCAGACGUCCGUGCGAUUGGACAAGCUGAUUCUGCAGACGAUGAUAAGCUGUCUGGAGAAAAUUCUCGAACAACACAGCCACUCUGUCUCAUCGGCAGAAAGCAUCGACCUCGCGUGGCUAAGAAGAGUGGAGUCUAACCUCGACGAUCUCUUCUUGCUGUGGUACAAGAACGGAAGAAAGACGACCAGGGCCUACUACAAGAAGAUACAGGCUACAAACAGCGUUCGGACGUCCCUGAGCGAUUACACAGACAAGGCCGCCCCUAGUGGUGGGACAAGAGGCACUUCGGUCCGCGAUUCAGCGAGGCAGAUUGUCAACCGCCUCUUCUUCCGUCCUUCCCGCUCUUUGGUCAGUACAUCCGCCGUACCGCUGCCCUCCUCGAGUAACGCCUUUUUGCGCCCCAUGUAUCCACUGCUGGAGUGCAGGAUCUACGACCGACUGCAAAGGAACAGUAACUGGCGGCACAUGGACCUAGAGUGGUGCAGACUCUUCUCCUGUGUCACCAACAAGGUGCGUGACGUCUAUAGAAUCGCUGUGAAGGACGCGUACACUGCUGCACACGCGGCUACUGUGGGGAGGACACGACGUCUCAUUGGCUAUGAGCUGCCUUGGCUGCCGGAGGUGAGAAGGAUUGUCUACUCGGAGAGGGACAUCUACUCAAGAAUACACCUGUUGGAGCUGCUCCGCGAGGGAUGUCGUUGGAUCAUUACUACCGGUACCUUGUCUGGGAGAGGUGCGCGGAUUACUGAGGGGGGGAUAGGUGAGACUUAAGGUUGGCCGAACCGUUCCCUCACCUCUCAUACUGUGCUGUUUGAUAUGAUCACGCUCAGCCCUCCUCUGCUACACGUAUGCGUCUCAAUACCUAUCACACCAUCUCAGUCGAGACUGAAAAGUGGUACAUC